UCGGUUGAGGCAGGGAUGCCUAGCACCGGUGCUGCCGCUGUCCUCUGUGCUCAGCUGUACUGAACGCUCACAGGUGAGGACAAGCCAGGCUUCUGCAGACCCGGCGAGAGGAAGGGGUGGAGCAAGAUUCCAGGGCGGUACGUGGUCGCUCUGUGUUUGGGGCAACCCUGCCUUUGGCGGUGGAGCACCCUGCACCCUCGCCGGAACGGAGUACCCAGGCGCUGACUGAGCAGGGACAGCUUUGUGAACACUGGGCGAAUCUUGCAGGCCUGGAAGGACUUCCAGCACUACUUGGUCCACCCCAGACUUACAGGAUUCAAUUGCUGGAACUGACAACUCCUUCAACCUGUAAUUCUCUUCCACUAUGAGCAGACUGAUUCUGUUGCCCAGCUCUGUGCCUUUCUGUAGCAUUCUCUUCCUUACCUUAGCCACACAAUGUCUAGCUUUCCCAAAAGUGGAAAAGAGGGAGAUGACACAUGCUUAUGCCCAGACAGAGCAGUCCUGGAAGAUGGACACAGGUGAUGGAGAAAACAUCUCCUCUGCUCCAGAGCACAUGCCCCAGCAGACAUCCUCUGAAGCUCCUAUGGUACUAUCUGCAGGACCAUCUGUGAUGCCAUUAAAUAAAGUCUUCUCGGUCAACAAAGAACACCACCUCCCUGGAGCUGGACUUCUGAAUCCUAACAUCCCCGAUCUUCAGUCUUCCACUGAGCCAACGGUCUCAGCCAGUGAACAAGGGCAUGGUCCCAGUCAGCUUGAAGGAAUGUCUUCUGAACAGAGACUUUCCAAGGCCUUGUCGAUCAUUGCUGUCUCUUCACCUACUUCUCUUAAUCCUCCACAGGAGGGACCCCAGAGCAGCUCUAGCACCCAGCCCAUUGUAGAAGGGAUCACAGUUGUAACACGUGACUUCCUGAAGUAUGUGGAUAAUCAGUUGUUUGCAACUGAAAGUCAGGAAGCAGUUAGCUUGGGAAAUACACCUUCAUCUUAUAUAAAUACCAAAGAAAUGCUAGCUGCCAGUCCAAGAACAGAGAAAGCUGAAACAGACGCAGCCAAGAGGACGACUGCCUUUCCUGGGGUCGAUUCCACAGCAGACACAGAGCAUGAUGGGGAGAGGCCCUCGGAGGAAUCAGAUGACAAUGUGCAGAACACUGCCACCACACACUUGGAGACUACCCCUGAGGAUGUUCUGAAUAUUGAUCCAACAGCUGACAGUCUUCUGGAGGACCUCAAGGUCACAGUGAGUGUCAUCAGAGCUGUUCCAGAUUCUUCUGUCCCAAGCGAUGAGUGGGACGACACCAAAUUUGAGAGUGUAAGUCACGCAAGGACCACAGAUUCAGGAGACCAUGCAGAGACUCGGGUGAGAACAGAGCCUCCACAUGGAGCACAUGACAGCUUUGAAGGGACUGAGGGGAGCCCCACUUCCACAGAGGUUAACAAGGUGGCACCCUUGGGGACAGCUCUGGUAAUUGCACUCGAGAAAGAGAGAUCACCAGUCUUUGCCCAUCAGAUUCCCUUUAGUCCCACAAGUCUGACAGAAGACCCUGAGAUUUCCACUGUGAAACUGUUAUCAAGUGCUGGAGACUUCACAGCCUCCACCCUAGAGGACAGGACCAUGCUUUUCUCAAAGACUGAAGUUUCUACCUCUCAAUAUGAGUCUGAGACACAUCAGGGAGUAAAAGAUACGUUAAAAGACAUCACACAAGAGAUGACAAUGGCCACACAAGAACCAGACCCCACAUUACCCUUGGUGACACAAGAGCACGUUGAGGUCCCCAGAGGGAGUGGUGAGCCUGAAGAUGGUAUGCCAUCCCCCUCUCCUGUGUCUGCUGAUGUGGGUGCCACCGAACUCUCCAGAAGAUGGGAGUCUCUGGACACUUCGGCCUCCACAGCUGUUGUCCCUUUGUCUCUCAAAGUUACCUCUUCCAUGGAAGACCUAAUGGACACAAUCACUGGGCCAAACAAGGAAUUCAUACCAGUUUUGGGCUCUCCAGAGGCACCACCCCCUGCAAUGACUGUGGAAACUCCCACAAUUUCUCCAGUCCUCCCAUCUGAGGGAGGAACUAUUUCACCCAUCAACCACCCAAAUACAGCUGCCUCCUCGUAUGGACUGGAGCAACUCGAAUCUGAAGAACUAGAAGAUGAGGAGGAUGAGGAGGAUGAAGAAGAUGAAGAUGAAGAGGAGGAUGAGGAAGAAGAUGAGGAAGAUAAAGAAGCAGACUCCUUGUAUAAGGACUUCGACAGUGAUACGGAGUUGCCAGGGUUUACUCUCCCUGGAAUCACAUCCCAGGAACCGGAUGUAGAGGCAGGAAGCAUGGCCCUACUGGAGGUAGCAACCUAUCGGGUGCCAGAAACAAUGGAGUGGGAACAGCAGAAUCAAGGUCUGGUGAGAAGCUGGAUGGAGAAGCUAAAAGACAAGGCUGGCUAUAUGUCUGGAAUGCUGGUGCCUGUUGGGGUAGGGAUAGCUGGAGCCUUGUUCAUCUUGGGAGCACUCUACAGCAUUAAGGUCAUGAAUCGCCGAAGAAGAAAUGGCUUUAAAAGGCAUAAAAGGAAGCAGAGAGAAUUCAACAGCAUGCAAGACAGAGUGAUGCUGCUAGCGGACAGCUCAGAAGACGAAUUCUGAAUCGGACUUGGGUUUAAUGCAAUGACAUCAUUGUUUCAUUUUUUUAUUUGAGGGCAAAAAGAAGAAAGAAAAUAAAUAAAUAGCAACAACAUCUCACCACCUUGCUGCUACUGGGCCUCUGGUCCAGCCCUUGUCUCUGCUGGAGAGUAGAUUUUUCUUGUGCUGAGCAGUAAAGACAGACGCCCUAGACACGAAAUGUAGCAUGCAGUGUUCACUUAUUCUGCAGUGUUUGCCAUCACCAAGGGCUGCAGUUCAGAAGCACAGAGCACACAUGUUCAGUAGGAGUAGCUGGGUUAGGUAAAGUAAAUACCUUGUAUUUUUUCACUGCCUUUUCCUUGGUUUGGAUUACUGGACUGAAAAUGGUGUUGCCAUGAGAGCAUCCUUGAUUUGGAUAGACAGUUUCUAAGAAAGAGUAACUCCACAUAACCCUCCUACAGUUUUUUGAAAUUGUUGGCUUGUGGAAAUCGGUGUGCCCUAUGUCUGCAUCAAGGAUGAGUUAUCACUUGGAAUGAAAACUUUCUUCUGAGAUACCCAAGCCAAUUAGGGUUUUGUGCAGGUUUGUAUAUAUCUUGAGUUAAACCUUUCAGUCUCAGUUUUUAUUUUUUUGGCUCUUAGUCUCACUGUUAGUAAGAAAAAAUGCACUAAAAAUUGUACACUAACAAGCCCUUUGCCUUAAUUUAUGCUUGCUCUCUUAAAUACUGUUAGUCCAAUGGGUGUGAUGGAAGAUUCUUGUUUGCUUAUCAUACAAACUAUUCUAUUGGUAAAUUACUGAAAUUAACUGAGAAGAAAAAAAGGAUGACAUGAAGAUAAGGGUGUGUAGGCUUCCGGAGUGUUUGUCCCUGCUACUUGGUUCUGUAUUCAUGUGGCAUUACUGUGGUAAGUCAGAGGAUCACUUUUUCACGUCUAGGAAGGAGUGGGCCACCAGUGGUCUUUUUUGGCUUUACUAGAAAAGGCAGGCAUUCUUCGGUAGAAGGUGACGCAGUAGCCUGAGUCCUCGUGUGUAAAGAAGCGCUAGCUGUCACACAUGUAGGAUGAUGAACCGUUAGAUCCUUUCUCAUCUUCCUUGGAAUGCAAUUCCCUCUUCUACACCAAAUAACACAUUCAAACACCAUGUUUGAAUCUGGGUAUAUGGGGAUUUUAGUGCUUUGCAUUUAGCAGUAUGGCUUGGAUCAGUUCCAAGGAUAGAUAAAGGUUACCAGUAGUGCUGUUACCAUGGAGAAUUUGUUCAUAGACAUUAAAGCCUGUUAUACUCAGACAAGGUCUAUUUGAUUACUCCUCAUAGCUUCUGGGUGAGAAAGAACAUAUAUUUUUUUCCAUUCUACUGAAGAUGGAACGUAAGCGGAGGAGAGAAAGAAUUAAUCAUCAGUUACAUCUGCGGACUCAGCAUGAGGACCUCCUUAAACCCAAACUUUGUGCUGUAUUUUCAGUUCUGUGCCCUUUCCCCCAUGCUUUGAAAGAUACGAAUGAAUUUUUCCCACAAGUUCUUCCAUCCCACAUGGAUUUAUGUAUCAUUUCUAGGGAACUAAAAGGAAAAUGGAAUCCAUUUUUGAGUGAUGGUUAACUCUCUCUCUCUCUCUCUCACACACACACACACACACACACACACACACACACGUUUUCAUCAAGUAAGUUUAACUCUUUUGAUCAGAAAGCAACUGUGUAAAACUGAUAAGGGAAAUGAAAAGUUCGAUGGAAACAAACAAAAGCUAGAGUUCCUAAAUGGGGCUGAAGUCAGAUUUCUUAAAGUAGACCAGGAACGUAAGUGCUGACUUUCACGGGUGAGUCAGUCUCACUGGGAGAGCUGUCCUGCUUCUGAGUAAGUGGUGCUUUCUAAGAGCAGACUCUUGCUGUGCUCCUCAGGCUUCAAACCAGCGAGCGUGAGGGGACAUUGUACCUGCAUUCUUGACAAGAUGUAUAUGGCAAACUAACAAUAGGUUUUUUUUUUUUUUAAUUCAAGGACACAUGGGCGAUAUGGAUGGUCAGUCAUGCCUAGAGCUGUUCAACCUGUAGCUUUAGAUUAGCUCUGGGCUGCCUCUUCAAACUGCUGUAUAUAAAGGCCAUAAGUAACAGUCACACGUUCACAGUGAAGAUGACGUGUGCGUGACUGUGUCCUCUAGCAGCGAUGUCUACCUCCCGUAAGCACACGUGAGCACGCAUAGAAAAGGGGUUUCUUUAGACCACAGCAGAUUUCUGUACAAACCUACUUCACUGUCUGUAUAAAGAAAUGUGCUGGGGCUGGAGAGAUGGCUCAGAGGUUAAGAGCAUUGCCUCCUCUUCCAAAGGUCCUGAGUUCAAUUCCCAGCAACCACAUGGUGGCUCACAACCAUCUGUAAUGGGGUCUGGUGCCCUCUUCUGGCCUGCAGGCAUACACACAGACAGAAUAUUGUAUACAUAAUAAAUGAAUAAAUAUUUAAAAAAAAAAAAAAAGAAAUGUGCUACACAUUAGUCUAUUCUUCAGUGCUAAAAACAAGAGAAAAAAGUCCUGGUACUCUGACACGGAUGUGGGAGGACUGUCUGCUGAGUGAAAUAAACCAGACCCAUAAGAAGUGCUGCAUAAGUCUAAAGGCCAUGAACCAUCUAAUUGGUCAUGUUCGGAAACCCAUGUGAAUGAUGGUUGCCAAGGAUGAGGAAAGGGAGCUGAGGGAGGUAUGAGGAGGUGCUGGUUAGUGGUAUUAAAUUAUGAAGCUGAAUAGGUUCUAGGCAUCGGUUGUACAGUGUAGCACCUACAGGUAAUAAUGCAAUAUUGUAUAGCAAAUCACCUAUAGGCAAUAAUGUGAUAUUGUACAGCAUAGCACCUAUAAGCAAUAAUGCAAUAUUGUACACUAUAGCACCUAUAGGCAACAAUGCAAUAUUGUACAGCAUAGCACCUAUAGGCAACAAUGCAAUAUUGCACAGCAUAGUGCCUAUAAGAAAUAAUGCAAUAUUGUACAGCAUAGCACCUAUAGGAACUAAUGCAACAUUGUACAGUAUAGCACCUAUAGGCAAUAAUGCAAUAUUGUACAGCAUAGCACCUAUAGGAAAUAAUGCAAUAUUGUACAGCAUAGCACCUAUAGGAAAUAAUGCAAUAUUGUACAGCAUAGCAUCUAUAGGAAAUAAUGCAGUAUUGUACAGCACAGCACCUAUAGGAAAUAAUGUAGUAUUGUACAGCAUAGCACUUAUAGGAAAUAAUGCAAUAUUGUACAGUAUAGCACUUAUAGGCAAAAAUGCAAUAUUGUACAGCAUAGCGCCUACAUGUCAAUGCUGUGUUUUCACAUAAAAUCUUGUUAAGACAGUAGGUCCCAUGUUAAAUAUUUUUAUCAUGAAACUAAAAAAUGAAGGAGAGCAGGACUCUGGGAAAGGACACUUUCCCUAGUCACCCUACCCAACAAACUACAACACAGUAAGGAAGAGAAAAUAAAAGGCAAGAUAAAUGAGAGAAGCUACUAGAAAAAAAAAACAGAAGGCAGACUGAGGAGAGGAAGUUUCUACCAUGCUUUUGGUCCCAUUUGCUAUAAUCAGAAGAUUAAUAUUUUUAUUUUAAACUUCUUUAAUUUUUCUAUCUUCUAUGAGCUGCUUCUUUCACUAGCUUCUGGCUGAAUUUGUAUGCAAUAUUUAGAAUUAAUUAGUAUCCCAGGGCAAGAGAUUCCCAUAGCAAUGCCUUAGCCUUGACUGCAGCUCAUACACUUCUUUUGUGGUGCUUUUCCAGAAACUUGCAGUACCUCUAUCCCUGAUAUAGGUCAAACAUGCCGUGAAGAAAACUGUAAAGUACCGUUUGAGAAUAUAUUUAAAGUGGUUGUAUCUUAGCCAAUACUAAAGCACUUCAUCAUUUCAUUAUUCUGUUUUUAUUUUAUUUUAUUUUUGUGGUACUGGAGAUAAAACUCAUGACUUCAUGCAUAAUAAGCAAGUGCCCUUAUUUUGAAACAUACGUACACACAUUUGAAGCCCAAGACUUAAAAUGUUACUGCCAUGAAAACAAUAUGGAGUGAUAUUCUGAAUGUCUAAUGCUUCUCUCUGUGUGUAUCUCUGUGUAUUUUCUUCCUGUAGAAGUUCAAAUGAAGCACCAUUUAAAUCACAUCCAUAGUGUGUGGGGGGGAUGUGUGUAGGAUCAAAUCAUCUUUGUGAUUUCUGUGGAUAUGAAUAAUCUCCAUCCCUGUCGGCUGCUGAGAAACAGCUUUGGGAAAAAGCUAUGUUAUUUGGCACAGACUUAUAGCUGUGAGGUCCUUUGUAGAAACAGGCUUUGCUCUGACAAAAGGCAAAUUGCAGAGGGAAGACUACAGUGAAAGCGAGCAGCCUCUCCAGCUAGCAGUAUGACUCUAUUGCUUACAGUCUGCCCUUAGGCAGUGUCUGGGAUUGCUUGUCCCUGCUAUAUUAUCUGGAAGUUAUUGACAUUUCACAAAGGCCACACAUUUGUGCCAAGCUUUCGACCAGUUUCCCGCAGUGAUUUCGAGUAUGGAGGAAAUAGGUGGUAUUGUCCUUUAUCACAGAUCUGGGUUUGCUGGUUUAAUAUCAGAAUCUAAUUGUUCCUUUUCUUAAACUGGAUUUUCUCUUGAUAUUUUUAAAGGAUGAUUUUAUUGAUUUCCAGAAAAUAUGAGACUCAAAGUCUUGAGACCUAGAAUUCUUUUAUAUUCAGCAAAAUAAAUAAUUGUGUAUAAAGGUUGUUCAGUUAAUGUAAUAAAUGUCAAACAACUGAGAAGAACAGUUGUAAUAACAAGGAAAGAAAUAUGAAUAUAAAAAAGAUGGAAGAAAAAUACUAACACAAGUCAUGUGUAACAUGACAGAAUAAUGUGCUGGAAAAAAGUCAUGAAUGAAUUUUUAUUUUUAUGGUGCUGGGGAUCAGACUUAUGACUUCAUGCAUACUUAGUAAAUGUUCUACCACUGAGCUAUACCCCCUACCCUCAUAUUUAGCUCAUUACAAAAAUAACAAAGCCAAACAAGUUAAAGAAAACAAAUGAAGAUCAUUGACAGGGAAAGGACCAUAUAUCUCCAUAGCCCCUUUUGAGUUCCAUCUUUCUCAUCAAAGGAAAUUAUACUAGGAGGAACAAAUAAGGCCAAGAAGGAACUGAUGUUCAGGAUGAAUGUGGAGAUGAAAGAUUUCUUAAAUUGAGCUUAAGCUCAGUUAAUUGUCUUCCUUAAUUACAAAGACUGAGUGUAAGCUUUUAGGAUGGAAAUAAAUUGAAAAAAAAAGAAUGCUAUUAACCUAAUACUGUAGUUUAAUAACUGGACAUGCUUACAUAUUACAUAAUAGACACCAUAUUUGGACAUGUAGCACUCCAUAGGACAUACAACUCUUUUUUGGGUAGCUAUUAAACCAAUAAGCUGGGAUGGACUAAAGAGUGAUACCUCGUUAUGUUAUUCUGAUAAUUACAGAUCCUGGCAGUCAACAGGGCCAGAAGCAUCAUCUUAUUAAAUUUCUCCUGUAAGCUCGUGUUACAUACAUGCACCAUAGGUAUCCCAUCUGAGUAAUAGAUGGGUCUACUUCUUUGCUAAAUCUCCCAAAUGCUUGUUAUGUAAACACACAGAAAGAGAAACAGAAUGGAAGAGACAAAGAAGAAGGAAGAGAGGAGGAGGAAACAGCAGCACAAGUAAGAAGGCAAUUUCUGUUCUCUUUCUCUAGUUUACUCAAAAGCUCAGGAUGAUAUUAGGUGAACUCUGAAAUCUUUCCCUGAGUAAAGCAAACAUAUUACUGUCCUUCCUCAAAAGGCAGCAGGUGCAGUAACAUAAGAAAAAAACACAAAUACAAUACACUACAGAAAAGCAGAUACUUCACAAGAUAGAAUGUAAGUUCUGUCCUGAGACCAUAGUCUACAGCUAAGUUGUUCGGGAUUGAUAUUUGAUAUUGCUAAAAGGUAUAACAUUUUAUGGACUGAAAGUGGAAGACCUGAGAGGGAGUAGAAUUGGGGGAAUAAUUUACAUCAUCGCCAAGAAAAAAAUCCAGUUUUACCUUUCUUAACAAUACUCACAAGUAUAAAAACACAGAAUAGGAAAGAGGCAAGUUAAGCCAGUGAACUCUAUUAUUUUGUUACCACUAAGCAGGGGAGGUCAUCUACUCAUGUCUCAGAGGAAGAAAGUUGAUAGCAGGUCAAAAAACUGAGGGUUCUUUAUGAACUCUGAAGCCCAACAUUUUCUUCUCAAGUAACAUAAAAGCAAAAGAAGGAACCAAAACAUUGGAAAUGUCUCUGCAAUUUUAGGGAGACAAGACAGAAAUAGAUCCCUAGAAAGUAGUAGGGACAUUCUUCCAAGAAGGAAUUUUAAUACAAAACCCCUACUUCACAUUUAUUGUUUCCUCAUUUAGGAGAUAAAGAAAAGAGGGGAGAUACAAAAUGACUUUAUAAUUGAAUUGAUUCGAUCUUGUUUCAAAUGUCUCCAAAGCACACAAGAGACCCUGGGUUUAGUCCCCACAAUAAACAAACUACCAGUUUAACACUCUGUGUCAAGAGGAGUGAUGAUGUCUAGAGAUUUUUUCUUUGGUAAGGAAGAGCACUGGGCAGUAUUCUUUAUUUCUGAACCAGCAUCGCUUGGAUACCUUGUGGAAGCAAGAGAAGUAAGGAGUAGUUACUGCAUCACCGAAGAGAAUUUAUAGAUUAAUUUGGUGGGUCUGUUGGAUCCAAAAAAGGAGCAUUCAACCAUGCCAAAAAGAUGAAGGAAUGUUUCUAGACCAAGUAACACCAAACCUGGGACCAGAGAAUGAGGAAAGGUUAGUGAGGAAAAAAAAAAAAAAAAAACAAUAGAGGGAUGCUUGCUCUAGCUAGGAGGACAGAGUGGGUGAGAGAUCAUGAGAAACUCACCAUCCAAAGGCUCUCCCUACUAAGGCCAGGCUUGAUAAAGACUAUGUCAGCGACUGCUUGUGCAGCCCAGGGAGUCAUGUGAGCCAUGUUGUUCCCAUGUCUCAGUACUGAAUGGAUUCUGGGGACUUUAGACAGUUGUCAAGGACAGUUAUCAAGCACUUUAUUUGCUUCUGAAUGUGGGACAUGAAGCAAGUUUUUUCUUCACAGCCAUAUCAACACACAGGUGGAUUUUGGAGGGUCUGAGUGGUAGCAAUGCAAAAUCGAGGAAACAGAAAAGUAUAAGAAAAAAUAUGGCUUAUCUACCCAGUCCUACUCCCAGAGCUAAGCACUGUUAACAGUUUGGUGUUUUUCACAUCUUUCAUUCCUGUGUAUUUAUGGUAUGGCAAAUAUAGUUUUAAUUUGACACAUUAUUAGGAUUAUCAUUUAUAUAUUAUUUUGUUACCUCUCUACAAUUUCCUGUGAUUGUUUAAAAGGAGAAAAGCUUGGAAGAAAAUCCUGUGAUUGUAUUUGACAUUCAUCAUCAACAAGAUUUAUUUGGCAUCUGGCAAUCCAUGAAUGUUGCUUUGAUAACAGUGUACAUAACUGGAAAGUAAAGACUCCAGAAACAUCUGUUGGCAAAUGUGAUAUUCACAUGCCCUAAGGGAUUAGAGGGCAUGUUCCCCUUCUUGUCUUGAUCCUCAAAACAAGGAUUGUAAGUUUUUAUAAUUAGGCAGAAAGACAUAAUUAACACAAGGAUAGAUAGUGUGUGACAUUUCAGGAAAUACUGAAGAUAAAUAAACUCACUGAAGUGACAGAAAUUGAUUAAAGUCUUGUUUGGCUCAACUCUCCAAUCUAACUGGCAUUUUUUGUGUUAUUUAUAAUAGGCCAUGCAUGUUUUCUACAUUUUAUUCCACUUGACUAAUAUUAAGAAAACAUUCCUACCAUGUCCAUUGCUUCUUUUUCCCCAUCUUUGAGAAAGAGGGGAUUUGUGACUGUCAUGUCCCUUCUGUGUUUGGUGCCUGAGAUCUUUUCAUGCAUUUUUUUUUUGCCCUGUGAGCCCUAAAGAAUCCUCAAAUGUCAGUAGGUUACAUUGUAGUUUAGUCUGACUUUGAAAUCCUGAUCAAUUCUCCUACCUUAGCAUCCUGAUUAUAGCUAUACCACCUGAGAUUGUAGGUAUUCACUAUCAUGCCCAGCUAUAAAAUGACUAAACAGGGCUCAUGUUUUAAUAAAUAAUGUUUUUGUUAUUUUCCUUAUCUAAAAGAUUUACUUAUUUUUAUUUUAUGUGUUUGAGUGGUUUCCCUGCAUGUCCUUAUGUGCACCACGUGUGUGCCUAAGAAUGAUGUUGGCUCUCAUGAAAUGAGAGUUAAAGACAGCUCUAAGGCACCGUGUGGUGCUAGGAACCAAAUUCAAACUCAUGGCAAGAACAGUGAGUGCUCUAGACUGCCAAGUCAUCUCUCUAGUACACAGUUCAUUAUUUUAAUUCCACAUAUUUUCAGAAAAAUGAUGCCUUUGAGGACACUUAGUGAAACCCUACGCUUUUGUUGUUUUAACCAAAACUUUUUAAAUGUCCCCACUAGGCCACCACUGUCCUCCAGUUUUCUUGUAAAAGGCAGCAGGAAUGACCAAAACACAACCAAGAGCAAUGACCUUUAUUCUGAAAGUAUAGUAUUUUAGUAUGAAAAUAAAAAAAGCAUAAUUGGAUUAAAAUCAUAUGGGGUAAUCAUUCAGCAAACUGCUUGGUUGGAUCUUCUUCUGGGAUGACUGUGCUCUGGAGAGUGUAUUUCAGUUCAUCAUGUUUAAGGUUAGGAGUCAGUUAAAGGUAGCUGCUAAUAGAAAAAAUAAUCUUAUUUCUAAGUGAUGAGAGUCUUUGAGUUACUUUGGAGAAGUAUUGAAUUACUUAGCUUUAUAUUACAUAGCUCAAAUACAAAUUUCAAAAAUUUGAAUGAAAUUCAUUUCUUUAAAUUUAGCAAUAACAAAAUUAAUGUCUACUAAGUUUCUUCUGUGGGCCAUGUACUGUGUUCUUAACAUGUAAUUAACAUGGCCACAUUCACUUAACAGAAUCCCAAAACCCACUGUGGUAGAUGCUCUAGGUCGUCAUUGACUACUGGUGGCCUAUCCCACUGGUGGUAAUAGUGACCUAACAAGAGACACAUCAAAGGAGGCAUAAUUUUAUUUAGUUUCCAUGCUCUUGAAACUAUAUGGCAUUGCUCUUCGGUCAUGGUUUGAAUGUGGUUUUUAAGAUAUUUAAUUUCUGUACAUCAGCCCAGUGAACACUGGCUCUGGUCAGGCAGUCCAUUCCCAACUGGUCCAGGAGGGGAGUCAUAAAGAAUACUGCAUAUUGCACCAUAUCCUGACAAUUCUGAAAGUAGCCCUGCUGAAGCAGAUAGCGUGCAAUAAAGUUAUUCAGGGUCCAGUUUGUUCUUAGCUUGUUCAUUUAUUGGAGAAGUGGUUUGAAGUGGCUUAACCCAUCAUUAGAUUUGUCACACAGUUACAGUUUAUAAAUGCUUUGUUUCUGAAAUAAACAAAAUCACUGGUAUGCUAUUUGUGCUGUGUUAUUGGUGGGCUUGUCCUCUGAUAAUGGCCCCAUUUUAAAAGUUGAAGAUGCCCUGUGUUCAUGUGUCGUUGACAUCUGGAUUCACAAAGCUGCCAUAGAUAUUUUAUCACACUCAACACAGUGCUUCUGCUUUUAUCCCAGAGGAGAAUCAUUGCACAGACUGUAGCUGUAGAAUGCAGUACUUCACUUUAAAUAAUGGAAGCUGUGUGACACAAGACUUUGCAUAAGACUUUGUAAAAGGUGGUUUGUU